UCAGUGUCUCAUUCCACCACGGUCAAGCCUGCCGGCAGAGGUUCCUGUCCUACCGCUCCACACUAAUCAUUUCAUUUGGAAACUUGAAACGGAAUUUAUAUUUAUAACGAACGUCGUUUUAUUUAUUUAAAGUAAACGUAAUCGUCAAGCGAACUUCACAGGUAACCGUUGGUUCAAGGUCGUAAUUUGUACAGAAAAGAAAGUUAACGUAACAGCAUAGCCGGGUCGUGCUAACAAAGAAAAUCCUUUCUCUUCAGAAAUAAUCCCCCAUUACUCUCUUUAGUUAUGAGUCAUGUGGUCGUUGAUAAUCCACACGGUCUAGAUCAGCAGCUUGCUGCCCUAGACUUGAACUCUGCUGACGGACAAGGCGGAGGAACUGGCAGGCGUUACAUUCCACCUCACUUGAGAAACAAAGAUGCAGCCAAAAACGCAGGAAAUGCUUAUUCCGCUGGUAGACAGUGCGGUUAUUCAGUGGCACCAGUAAAUCUCUAUUCACCUGGAUGGGACGGUGGACGCAGCAAUGGAUUUGUGAAUGGUUACCAUGACAACCGCACAAAUGGGGGCUUUGGAGGGCGAGGACCCCCUCGCAAUGAUAGAGGUGGGCGUGGCGCCUACCGUGGUAACAGGGGUGGAGGCUCGUUUAAUCAACCAUUACAGAAUGCAGGGUUUGGAGGUGAAGGCAACUGGGGAGCUCCUCGGGACAAUACCUACAACAGCUUUGGAGGACGCAAUGACAGGUCAAAGUCUAACUUCUUCAAUGACCGUGGAGCAGGCUCAAGGGGAAGAUAUGAGCGCGGGGGCUUUGCUGGUGGAGGAAACAGCCGCUGGGUGGACGACUCCAGAGAGGAGGAUUGGUCCAAGCCCACCGCUCCCAAUGAGCGCCUGGAACAUGAGCUUUUCUCUGCAAGCAACACUGGGAUAAACUUUGAGAAGUAUGAUGACAUUCCAGUGGAGGCCACUGGAUCCAACUGCCCGCCACACAUCGAAAGUUUCCAUGAUGUGGACAUGGGGGAGAUUAUCAUGGGGAACAUCAACCUGAGUCGCUACACUCGUCCCACUCCGGUUCAGAAGCACGCUAUCCCCAUCAUCAAGUCCAAGAGAGACUUGAUGGCUUGUGCCCAGACUGGCUCCGGCAAGACUGCUGCUUUCUUGCUGCCAGUGCUGAGUCAGAUCUACAGCGACGGGCCUGGAGACGCUCUGCAGGCUGCCAAGAACAGUGGCCAGGAGAAUGGAAGGUAUGGCCGCCGUAAGCAGUACCCGAUCUCUCUCGUUCUGGCUCCCACCAGAGAGCUGGCUCUGCAGAUCUACGAUGAGGCGAGAAAGUUCGCCUAUCGCUCACGUGUGCGUCCCUGCGUGGUGUACGGAGGCGCUGAUAUUGGCCAACAGAUCAGGGAGUUGGAGAGAGGCUGUCAUCUGCUGGUGGCCACACCUGGACGUCUGGUCGACAUGAUGGAGAGGGGCAAGAUCGGUCUGGACUAUUGCAACUUCUUGGUCCUGGACGAGGCUGACCGCAUGUUGGACAUGGGUUUCGAGCCACAGAUCAGACGCAUUGUGGAGCAGGAUACAAUGCCACCUAAAGGCAUCCGCCAGACCAUGAUGUUCAGUGCCACCUUCCCCAAGGAAAUCCAGAUCCUUGCUCGCGACUUCCUGGAGGACUACAUUUUCCUGGCAGUGGGCCGUGUUGGUUCCACUUCAGAAAACAUCACCCAGAAGGUGGUCUGGGUCGAGGAGACCGACAAGAGGUCCUUCCUUCUUGACCUGCUCAAUGCCACAGGCAAAGACUCAUUGACUCUGGUGUUUGUGGAAACCAAGAAAGGAGCAGACGCUCUGGAAGACUUCCUCUACCACGAGGGAUACGCCUGCACCAGCAUCCAUGGAGAUCGAUCCCAGAGGGACAGAGAGGAAGCUCUGCAUCAGUUCCGCUCUGGACGCUGCCCCAUCUUGGUGGCUACAGCUGUGGCUGCCAGAGGUCUGGACAUCAGCAAUGUGAAGCACGUCAUUAACUUCGAUUUGCCCAGUGACAUUGAGGAGUACGUUCACCGUAUUGGCCGUACGGGACGUGUGGGCAAUCUGGGUCUGGCCACGUCGUUCUUUAACGACAAAAACAGCAACAUAACCAAAGAUUUGCUGGACAUUUUGGUGGAGGCCAAGCAGGAGGUUCCCUCCUGGCUUGAGAGCCUAGCCUACGAGCACCAGCACAAGAGCAGCAGCCGCGGACGCUCUAAGAGGUUCUCUGGUGGUUUUGGAGCUAGAGACUACCGUCAGACGUCCGGUGGCCCUGGAAACUUCAGUAGCAACCGUGGUGGGCGUAACACUGGAGGCCAUGGAGGAAACCGUGGCUUUGGUGGAGGUGGCUUUGGCGGCAACUUCUACAGCAAUGACGGCUACGGAGGAAAUUACAGCCACUCUGGUAGUGUGGAUUGGUGGGGCAACUAGUCGCCAUAGGAAUAGGUUGCCAUGCCAACCCGACCCAAUGGAAACCACAUGUUAACUUAAGCCAGACCAUAACAACCCUCCCUGUGUAGCUUCACUGACACACAGUACAUUACCAACCCUGGUUCUCUGCCAUUCGCUUCUGUCAAAAAGGAAGUGCAGCACGACGCAAAGGAAAGUCACCAGCACGUGCAGCGCACCGCGGAGACCGCAGAGAUUCGCACACCUCAGAGUGAGCAUGGAUGCUGACAUGCAUCGUCCGAUAGCAACUUCGGACUUUCAUUGUUAAAAGUAUUUUUGUUCUUUUUGUGGAAGAAAAAAAACCAAUCGAAUAACCUGAGGAUCAUUUGUAUGUUAAUGUACUGUGCCUUUGGAAUUUAGACAGGAAAUCUAUGUUUUCAUUUCACCAGAUGAACAUGGCCAAGAGCUCUAAAUUUGAUUUUACUCUUUUGUUUGGUGAAAAAAUAUUAGAAAGGUAAAAUAAGCUUGGACUUAAUCAAACCUUGGCAAACACUGGGGUAUUGUGGCUCUGAGUCAUGAUUCCAUUUGAACUUCAAAUUUAUUGCAGGAACAUCAUGUAGCCUUUUCUAUAGUCAAACAGCUAAUGGAGCCAUUACUAUGUCUAAUACAAACUGGGCCACUCUGUGAAGCAACCGUAUUUUAAUCCUAAGGGACAAAGUUACAUUUGUUUUUCUUUUUCUUUUUUUGCUCACUCUAUCCUGGACAGGCUCCUUUUUAUGGAUAUGAUAGUCUUUGAAAUAGCCAUUCCUAAUGUAAUCUUAAGAAACACAUAAGUCAUUAAGCUCAGUGCCAACAAUCGCUGAGGUUUAAACAAGAGUAAUCACUGCUGGAACUUGUUACUCCACAUUUCUCAAUUGACUUGACAGUGUUACGGCAGCUAGUAUGUUACCAAGUGCUAGCUACGUUAAGUGGGCGGUGUUUUUUGUUUAUUUUUACUUGAGACAUUUUUGGUGCAGGUGUGUUGCAAAAUUGAAAAACUGUGUCAGUUUUUCGAUCUUUGAAUCGUUUCUCUACAAAUGUGCAUCAAAACAAAAAAUGCCUGCCAUCUUGAAAGUGAAGUUCAAAAUGGCUGCAUAAAGGACCACAGCAUCGGGAGGGCACAGCGUGGUGUUAGCGUUUACUGAAUCGAACGGCAACCACGAGGCCCAGAUGGUAUUCUACGCUUGCAAGUGUUUUGUUUUUUGGUCAAGGAGGAAAGACACGUGAACUGAGUCGCAGGCUUAACUUAAUUACAAACGUUUUCUCUUUUCAAGCUGCGUUGGAGGCAUGGUUCAUCUUUAAGAGACAGGAACGAUCACUGAGGUUUAUCAAUUAAACGGCGCGGAAACAGAGCGGGAUAGAGCAGCACAUCGACCACUGGGGUUAGGGGAACGAGGGGGGGGGGUAGGUGUGGGGGCGCAGUUUUCAGUGCACCGCCGUCGUCCGUGGCUUUGGUUUCCAUUGCUGCGUAGUGUAACUGUGGAGGUGGCCAAAGACGUGGGAGUGUCCACUUCCUUACGGAACAUUAAAGUACUGUCAGGUCCUCUGGGAGUUCAUCUGCUCAGACACGUAUAAAAAUCUGUGGCUUCGCGAAGCCAGAGCAGGCUUUUCCUCUCAAAGAGGAGCAGCCAUGAGAGGAGGAGAGAUGGGGCGUUUUCACCUCAAAUGCUCCCAAUUUUCUCAUCGGGUGUGUCGUGCCUUGAAACCUUUUUUUUGUUUUGUUUUUUGUUCUUUCUUUUUUUUUAAGAAAUUGAACUAAAAGCGGAUGCACUGACAGUGUUGAGAACUUGAGAUUGAAUGGUGCUACUUGAUUUAGGUGUGUAGGCCCGUGUACGUCGUGCCCAUCGAGUUUUACAAAAGUUCUUUUAUUGCACAUCUAGAGUUUUAUAUAGAUGUCUUGGAUAUGUGUCCUUAAGCUUCCAAAUAUUGUGUGUGAGGAGAUUGUGAAAAACGCAGCUUGUUUACAAAGGGGACGGGUUCUCAACGUUUAAACCAGGAUUUAUUUGGGACCAGGGGAUUUAGCAGUCGGGGGAAUUUAGCCAUUUGCACAGAUUUCUAGAUUCUACUUUUGCUGCUAGUUUUGUGUAAUUUAUUAAGCAUUUUUGACAAAUAUUUAUUUUUGUAAGCCUCAAAGUGAUUCUUUGAAAGUUUCAGAAACUUGACCAAAAGACAGUACAAAAAACACUGGCACUUGAAUGUUGAAUGUCACCUGUAUGCGUGAAAUUUAUAUAUUUCGGGGUAGUGUGAGCUUUUUAAUGUUUAAGAUACAUUGGACUCAGUAAAUAAUAUCCACAGCUGUUUCGGGGCCUCCUCAGGGCCGGUCAUCUCUAUUAGAUUCUACCAAUUGGUCAACAAAAUUUGAAAUGGAAUUGAAAACAAACAUGCCAAGGUUUGGAAUAAAGCUGUCAAAAGAGCAAACAUAAAAAAAUAAAAAUAGAAAAAAUUCUGGAAGCAUAUCAGUGCUGAAGUGUUCAGAUUCUCCAGUUGUGUGCAUUAUUGAUUCUUUACUCUAAUUUGACCUGAUAAUUGUUUUUCUCCAGUGAAUGUCUGGCACAUGGCAAUCCUUAAAGAAACAAACAUGUGGUUUAUUCUCAUUGUUGUAUUUGCAUAUAUGACCCCUCUGGAGUUCUCCCUGAAUGUUGAGCACGUCUGCAGCGUUGUUUCCCAAGGCAGCUGUUCGAAGUGUAUAAGAUGAACAUGAGGUUCUGCGCAGGCCGCUCUGUGCGGGCAGAACCCGAGACUUGUUCCACGUUCUCCAGAGAACCCAGAGCUCUUUAGACGUAGACUUUGCUUUCUGUAUUAGCGUAUAGGCUACUGCACUGCAUGGGAAAUACUCAGCUGUGCAAAUUGUAUGAUUUUACCAAAAUAAAAUGUUUGAAUGCAAAAAGUAUCUGGAAAAAUCAAGCAUGUUUCCUGAAGAGUUGUUUACUGUAGUUGUGCAGAGAAGACCUGUAGCAGCGGCCUGUUGCCUUGUGUGGAUACGGGGCGGACCGGCGGCAAAAUUCAAUUUGGUAUAGAUUGGAUGGGCUUCAUUUGUUUUGAGAAAAAAAAUAUAUAAAGUUUUCAUUUGUAAA